AAAGAGGGCGACGUACGUUAGCCCCAACGGACUCACCACCACUGACAAUUUCAUCCUCAAAAGAUACAACAGAUACUGUAGCCAUCUGAAAUUCCUUUUUGAAUCACCAUGGUGUCCAAAUGUCUCGCCCUCUGUCUGGACCAUCUCCAUCUCCAUCCCCACCCUUCCAUAACCUCUGCCACAUUCCAAAAUCCACGGCCCUCCCACUUACCCAUCCAUCCUCCAUUCACGACAACCUUUAUCACCAAAUUUACGGUCACCCAUCAGCGACUGCAGCCUUGUCUUCCAAGAACGAGUUGCUCCAUUUUCACCCCCAUGGCUAGUCCAAGCCAAUCCGCUCCAAGCCCCAAGUUUGAUGAAUUUGAGCCCCAUCCAACUCUUACCAAUGAUGAUCUCAAACCAACUACAUCCCUUGAGAGGACUUUUGCCUGGUGGGAAAUGGCUUGUCUUUGGAUUGGUCUUGUCGUGGGUGUUCCAUCAUACUACCUUGCCGGUAGCCUUGUUGAUCUUGGCAUGGCUUGGUGGCAAGGGAUUGCCACAGUUGUUGCUGCCAAUAUUAUUCUCUUAGUCCCAUUAGUCCUCACCGGUCACCCUGGCACCCGAUACGGUAUUUCUUUUCCAGUCCUUGCUCGAUCCUCUUUUGGAAUCCGCGGGGCUCACAUCCCUACUCUACUAAGAGCCUUGGUUGGUUGUGGUUGGUACGGCAUCGAGACUUGGAUUGGUGGCGAGGCAAUUUUCCUCCUUUUACCAAAAUUCCUCAAAGAAUCAACCCUGUCUCAGGUUUUACCUUGGCUUGGUACUUCCCCUCUCGAAUUUGCUUGUUUCAUUACUUUUUGGCUAGCCCAAUUGACCAUUGUUUGGAAAGGAAUGGAGGGAAUCAGAGUGCUUGAGAAGUACUCGGCUCCAAUCCUAAUUAUACUCACUUCUUGCCUCCUCAUUUGGGCUUAUGUCAAUGCUGGUGGUUUUGCGUACAUGCUGUCCUUGUCCUCUAGGCUCUCCUCCUCACAGUUUUGGUCCCUCUUCUUUCCUUCACUCACCGCGAAUAUUAGCUUUUGGGCCACUCUUGCACUCAACAUUCCUGAUUUUACUCGAUACGCCAAGACCCAGACUGAUCAAAUCAUUGGUCAGGCAGGUCUUCCAAUCUUCAUGGGGGCAUUCACAUUUGUUGGCCUGGCCGUGACCUGCUCCACCAAAGUAAUAUUCGGCCGAGUUAUCUCCAACCCAAUCCAACUUCUUGGAGAAAUAGGAGGAUUCACAACCAUGAUCCUCGCUAUUGUUGGGAUUAGCUUAGCCACCAUCACUACCAAUAUUGCUGCCAAUGUUGUGGCUCCUGCCAAUGCCCUCGUCAAUCUCAGCCCCUCAAAUUUCACCUUUAGAAGAGGAGCUCUUCUGACAGCAUUGCUGGGAAUUGCUUUUCAGCCCUGGAGACUUCUUAAAUCAAGUGAGAGCUUUGUUUAUACCUGGCUAGUUGGGUACUCUGCACUGUUGGGUCCAAUUGGGGGCAUACUAUUAACUGAUUACUAUCUUAUCCACCGCACAAAUUUGAGUAUCAAGGACUUGUACUCGUUGAGUCCUUGUGGGGCUUACUAUUAUUCGGGAGGCUAUAAUUUGGCAGCAAUGGUGGCCUUGGUCCUUGGGAUUUUGCCUGUGAUCCCUGGUUUCCUGCAAAAGAUUGGAAUACUAUCUUCAAUCCCAGAGAGUUUUGGUGUCAUCUACAGCAAUGCCUGGUUUUUUAGCUUCUUCUUUGCAGGUUUUCUCUACUGGAUUCUGUCCUGUUUAACGGGAAAACAAAACAAGUCCCUACCUGUAGAUCCCUUUCUGCCUUCUUCUGCAAACUAAGUUUGUUCUAGUACCACCUUUUUUUUUUUUUUUUUUUCUUUUUUUUGGACAUUGUAAUUAAUUUGUGUAUACUUUGUAAACAUUUUUAAUGCCACUUGAUAUCCAGUCUUUAGCUUUUUGUUCGUCUGUGACGUCCACAUCCUUAAGUCGUCAAUACGUUGUCACCUUGAAUUUCUUGUUGUCAUCUUAAGGAGUUCGAUCUUACGAUAUUUUAGAGGGAAUGAUUAAGUUCUGCGAAAUGGAAGAAACCUUAUUGCUUGGUAG